AUGACAUCUCCGAAACCACCAGUGCACAUACGGCCAGCGACCGAGGCAGACGCAGACGCUAUUGCUGCGGUUCAUUAUGCGGCUCUUGAUCAGUUCCACGAUUUCUACGCGGCAUUCUUCCAGCGCCAUCCGAGAGAACUCCUUCCACUAUCUAUGCGACUCGCCUUGAAAGACCCCAAGAAGCAUUUCCUGGUUGCCGUCGUACCCGACACGCAUGCCGUUGUGGGUUUCAUCAGAUACCACAUCGUCGAUGCAACAGAGCCGCCUAGUGCGAUCUCACUGGCGAAGCCGACGGGAAGCGCGGAUACCGAACCCGCCGUGCCGUCCAUCUUCGCGAUCAAAUCUCACAUGAAGGAGCUUUGGGAGCGCUUUGGUCAUCCAAGGGACAACGAGAUGGAUGAAUGCUACGAAAAGGCAGUGGACGGGCGUCAGCAUACUUACGUGAAGAAUAUCAUGGUGGACCCUGAACAUCAGAGAAAGGGCAUCGGAGCAAAACUCCUCCAGAUGGUCAUUGACGUCAGUGAUGCCGAGAAAAUCCCCACUUUUCUUGUCGCUUCGGCAGAAGGAUACCAUCUGUAUAAGAAGCUGGGCUUCGAGGAACUUGGAACCUGGACCAUUGACAACGACUACUGGUCAAAGGAGAUUGUUCGACGCGAGCGGGAGCUUGGAAUUGGGGGCAAUGAGCACUUGGCGGAAACAUACCAGGGGACACGUGAGAUCGAGAGGUACAUGAUGAGAUGGAGGGCCGAAAAACAAUGA